CAAACCGUGUGUGCUCGUCCGCUCCACUUCCUCGAAACGAGGGACUUGUCAUUGUUAUUCCCGAACAACAGACACCUUCCCGGAGGACUGCAGCCAUGGCUCACCUCAGGACCCUCAGAGCAGAUUAUAACAGAACUACAAGUGUGUUGUACGUGGUGGGCUCGGAAAUCACCGUGAACCUGAACCGGAGUGCUCCUCCCUGCUCAAAGUUCUUCUCUGUGAAGCACACAGCCGAUGUUCAGUACAGCAUCAACCCUCCUCGCAGUGAGGCAGAUCACCUGUCUCCCAUCCCUCUCAACGACGACACAGUGCUGCUCUUCAGUAUGAAGAAGGCCAGUGAAGAAGAAAAUGACAACAAGCUGUCUGUGCGGUAUUAUGGGACGGAUAAAAAAAUGUUAGGGACAGCAGUUCUGCACCUGACGGCAGUCGAGAUCUCCCUGGAUGUGGAUGCUGACAGAGAUGGCAUCGUGGAGAAAAACAACCCAAAUAAGGGAUGCUGGAAAUGGGGUCCUGAUGGGCACGGAGCCAUCAUUUUGGUCAACUGUGACUCAGAGAGGAGGUGGAGGAAACUAGACCAUGAGCAGGACUUCAUCGACAGAGAGUCUGAUCUGAAGGACAUGACGACCAUGGUGCUGCGAACCAAAGGACCUGCCAAACUGCCAGAGGGCUACAAACUCACCAUGCACAUCUCUCAAGGAGAUGCAGAAAGUAUUCGAGUCUACACGUCUGCAGAUGGUGCAGUCGGAAGAAAAUGGCACAGAUAUCCACUGAUACUACAAAGUGCGUGUCUGUCUGCGGAAGUGCUGUACCGUAGGGGUUUUGCAGAGAACAAAUUUUACGUGGAGGGCAUCAGGUUUCCGGAUAAAGACUUUGACGGGCUCGUCACCAUCAAUCUCAGCCUUUUGGAGCCCAUCGGGCCUGGUAUUCCCGAAACGCCUAUUUUCACAGACAAGGUUGUGCUCAGAAUAGCACCGUGGAUCAUGACCCCCAACACCCUGACGCCCAAAGAGGUGUUUGUCUGUAGUACGACUGAUAAUUACACAUUUCUGAAAGAAAUACGGUCCUUCGUUGCAAAGAGCGGACACAACCUUAAAAUCUGUCAUGAAUACAUGAACAGAGGAGACCGCUGGAUGCAGGAUGAAGUGGAAUUCGGUUACAUUGACUCACCUCAUCAGAGGUUUCCUGUUGUUUUGGAUUCUCCCAGAGAUCGGGGACUCGUGGACUUUCCUUAUGAAAAACUACUUGGCCCUGACUUUGGGUAUGUAACAAAGAAGGCUCAGAAGGAAGACGUGAACAGUCUGGACUCUUUCGGCAACCUGGAGGUCAGUCCUCCCGUCACUGUGAAUGGAAAAAAAUACCCCCUGGGCAGAAUCAUCAUUGGUGUGGCCUUCCCUACGGCAGCUCAAGGACGCAAUAUGACCCAAGUAAUUCAAGACUUCUUGUGGGCUCAGAAGGUUCAGGAGCCCAUUGCUCUGUUUUCUGAUUGGCUCUGCAUCGGCCACGUCGACGAAUUCAUGACUUUUGUUCCUGCACCUGACAAAAAUGGGUUUCGAUUGCUGCUGGCCAGCCCAGAUGCAGGCUACAAACUAUUUAAAUCCCUUUCAAAACAGGGCCACGGAAAUGCCACUUUGUUUGAUGGAGUGGAAACUGAAACCCCAAGACCAGUGGAUGACAUACUUAAUGACGAAGAGCUACAGGAUCACAACAACUACGUGCAGAGCUGCAUUGACUGGAACAGGGAUGUACUGAAGAGAGAGUUAGGCCUGGAUGAGGGGGACAUCAUCGACCUGCCAAUCCUUUUCAAGUUAGUGAAAGAAGAUGAAGAGGUUAGAGCGUUGGCCUACUACCCUGACGUGGUUAACAUGCUCGUCUUGGGGAAAAAUCUCGGCAUUCCAAAGCCUUUUGGUCCCAAAGUGAACGGACGCUGUGCCAUUGAGGCUGAGGUUUGCUCCCUGUUGGAGCCUCUGGGCCUCAGCUGCACAUUCAUAGAUAACUUUGCGUCCUAUCACCAGCUGCUGGGAGAGGUGCACUGUGGGUCCAAUGUCCGCAGGGAGCCGUUUGACUUCAAGUGGUGGAACAUGGAGAUGUAAAUGGAAAGCAGGAUGGAAAAAUGACAAAAUUACAAUCCUUAAAACUUCAAUCCUGUUGGAUUUUGUAACAGAUAUGAAACAUUGUCAGGAGAAUGGAUUCGUGUUGAUUUAAGCAAUGAUCAUUGUAAUAUUUGAACUGAUUUCAUUUAAUGCUGCGUACAAAAGGGAAGUGGGGAAUUUGAUAUCAAGUGCCUGUAUAUUUAUGUUUUUCUCUAUGGAAAGUUGUUCAUGACCACACUGUUGAAGAUCGCUAUCGAUCUGUAAAUGGAUUUGUUCUUCACAAACACCUAUCAUAUAAAAUCUGAUUUUUUUUCAUAUGUAAGCCAGAAGUGACAAUUUUACAUUUGCAGCAUUACCUCUAUAUUUCUACACUAUAAGUGCCUCAUUAUCAAACCGACACAUCUCCACCACAGCAAUUAAAAAUGAUCAGUCCGAUUUACUAUAUGCAUUUUCAUCUUUAUUAAAUGUUUUGACUUCAUUUACCAAAAGAAUGUAAAGCAAUAUUUACAAACAAGUCUUUGAACGAGGGCUUUAAGCAAACAAAAACAGAAAUACAAUCAUUUGAAUCAAGCACAUUGAAGAUCCGCUCCCAAUGUCGUUGUGGCUGUGAGCCACUGGCAUACAGUGCAAGCACAGAUAAAUGAAUUUUAACACACAGUGAUGUGCUAUGACAGUACAGAGCCACAAGAGGGCAGACUUCAUCUACUGAAGCACGUUCAAUGUUCAGAGGAAAGGAACUUGAGAGCAGCUUCCUUCAUGUAUCUGUUCCAAAAGGCUGUAACACAAAUGUGCUAUCAUUACCAAAAUGCUUUCUGCAUAUUUUUUACUUCAUUCUCAGUGUGGUUUGUGGCUGUUGACAGCUUAAUCAACACAGGAAAAGGGAAAUUCUGCAUUUGGUCCAGUGACUUAAACCUUCUGUACUUGCAAAUUAUGAAUGCUGUCUUGACUGACAAUAAAUGCCUCCUU